GCCCGCCCAUUAAAAGCUGACGACCAAGCUCGGUUUAUCCAAGCAUGCGUGUUUUUUUUUCCCCACUAAAUAAGGAAGACCUGCAGCACGUGGUGCAUUCUAUUUAAUCCAGUUCCCCCCUCAGUGCGGGGACUGUGGAGCUGAGUAAUGAAUCGGAGCGUGAAGUGAGAGAAAAACAACUAAGGGAGACUGGAGCCGAGCAACGAGUUGUAUAGGCGUAAAGGCUUUCUGCCAUGGUGAACCAGGUCCACUGCACUGACAGCAACGGCCCUCUGGCCAAGUACGAGUCGAGCGGGACCAGCAGCAGCGGGGGUGACAGCUCCAAGGAGAGCUCCCGCUGCUCCACACCCCUCCUCGACAGCGACCGCACGGACCGGCUGCGUGAGAAGAUGCGACACCGCAUGGAGUCCGGAGACCGGUGGUUCUCCCUGGAGUUCUUCCCCCCUCGCACAGCCAGUGGAGCCGUCAACUUGAUCUCCAGGUUUGACCGCAUGGGUGCAGGCGGGCCUCUCUUCAUUGACGUGACCUGGCACCCAGCGGGGGACCCAGGUUCGGACAAGGAGACCUCGUCCAUGAUGAUCGCCAGCACAGCGGUCAACUACUGCGGCCUGGAGAGCGUGCUGCACAUCACCUGCUGUAACCAGAGCAAGGAGAAGAUCAGCCAGCACCUGAUCAAGGCCAAAAAGCUGGGCCUCAAGAACAUCAUGGCUCUCCGUGGAGACCCCAUUGGAAACGAGUGGGAAGAGGAGGCAGGAGGCUUUAGCUAUGCCACAGAGCUUGUCAAACACGUUCGCUGUGAAUUUGAGGAUUACUUUGAUAUCUGUGUCGCUGGCUACCCCACUGGUCACCCAGAAGCCAAGAGCUAUGAGGAGGACCUGAGACACCUGAAGGAGAAGGUGGAUGCGGGGGCUGACUUCAUCGUCACUCAGCUGUUCUUCCGGUCCGAGACCUUUCUUAAGUUCUUGAAGGACUGUCGAGCCAUCGGCAUCACCUGCCCCAUUGUGCCGGGAAUAUUUCCCAUACAGGGUUACCAGUCUCUGCGACAGUUGGUGAAACUGUCUAAGCUGGAGGUGCCUGAGGAAAUCAAGGAGGUGAUGGAGCCCAUCAAAGACAAUGACGCUGCUAUCCGUAACUACGGCAUUGACCAGGCUGUGGAGAUGUGCAAGGUGCUGCUGCACAGCGGAGAGGUGCCAGGGCUCCACUUCUACACCCUCAACAGAGAGGUGGCCACCAUGGAAGUGCUGAGACGGCUCGGGCUGUGGCUGGAGGACCCAAGGUCAGGACCUCUUCAGAAGUCAACCCAUUGCCCAUGUAUGAGUACCAGGACAGAAGACCUGAGGCGACCCCUACCUUGGGCAGUCAGUGCUCACCCGAAGCGUAAAGUGGAGGAUGUGAGGCCGAUCUUCUGGGCUUCCAGACCGAAGAGUUAUAUUUACCGAACACAGGACUGGGACGAGUUUCCCAAUGGAAGAUGGGGUAACUCGUCCUCUCCUGCUUUCGGCGAGCUCAACGAUUACUACCUGUUUUACCUGAAGAGCAGGUGUGCCAAGGAUGCUCUGCUGAAGAUGUGGGGAGAGGAGCUGAUGAGCGAGGAGAGUGUCUAUGAGGUGUUCACCUGCUACAUCGCUGGGAAGCCAAACCACAACGGACACAAAGUGACGUGUUUGCCGUGGAAUGAUGACCCCCUGGCUUCUGAGACCAACCUGCUGAAAGAAGAGCUGGAGAAAGUGAACCGCCGAGGCGUUCUGACCAUCAACUCCCAGCCCAACAUCAACGGCAAGCCCUCCUCGGAUCCCAUCGUGGGUUGGGGCCCCAGCGGGGGAUACGUCUUCCAGAAGGCAUAUAUGGAGUUCUUUACUUCCAGUGAGAACGUCUCUGCACUUCUUAAAGUACUCAAGAAGUAUGAGCCUCGUGUUAACUACCAUAUUGUCAAUGUUAAGGGCGAGAAUGUAACAAACGCUCAUGACAUGCAGCCAAAUGCUGUGACCUGGGGGAUCUUUCCAGGCAGAGAGAUCAUUCAGCCAACGGUAGUGGACCCAGUCAGCUUCAUGUCUUGGAAGGAUGAAGCCUUUGCUCUGUGGAUCGAGCAGUGGGCCAAGCUGUACGAGGAGGAGUCCCCUUCACGCAUGAUCAUACAGUACAUCCACGAUAACUAUUACCUGGUGAACCUAGUGGACAAUGACUUCCCGCUGGAGAGCUGCCUGUGGCAGGUGAUUGAGGACAUGUGCAAGCUGCUUGACUCUCCAGUCGAGCAUCCAGCUGAGCUCCAGCCCUGAACUGGGCUCCAGGACUCCCAAUACAUUCCUUUUGAAUGAUGCAUUCUCUGUUUCUAACUCCUACGCAUUUUUAAAAAAUGCUUUUCUUGGAUAUAGAAUGUAUACCUUUUAAAACAGAAAAGGGAAUUCUUAUGCAAGAUAGACAUUGUACUGUUUCAGCCCUUAGUACAAAAAUCACUACAUGUGGCGUUCCUAUUUUUAAUUCUCUUUAUUUCUGUUUUUUUUUUUUUUUACACCUCCUGUGUGUCCCUCCUGAAUAUAAUCACUACCCUGUAAAACUACAGACUGCACAAGACCAAAUUAUCACUGUCCAUAAACUUAUCACCAUAGAGGGCAGUGUUUGACAGAGUCAUUACUUACCCUUUUUAAGACAAACAAAUUGUCAGUCCUUGACAAAGUAUACUUAAGACAUUUUAGUCCCAAUUCAUUCUGUUUCAGCAGAGUGCUGUAUGUGUACUGACUUGCCUGUCAGACAUGCGUCACUUAGAGUGAAUCCCACAGCUACGGGCUCUUUCACAUUCAGCUUUCUUAGUACUGUCUGUUUACAUAUUUAUUUUAUAUUUAAAAUUGUCGGUGUUAAGUGAAAGAAAGAACAAUAGUAUUAUUGUGACUCCUCACUGAACUGAAUGAGAACUGAUCAUGCAAAUUCUUGAAAAUGAAAUGCUGCUUUUGUAGAUGUUGUAACGGGGAAAAUAAAAACAUCUACAACAUUUUACCUUGAAACUGCGAGAUCUACUUUUAACAUUCCUACUGGAAAUAUUUUAUAGUACAUUUCUAGUAGUACAUUUGUUUUUUUUACUGUAUGUGUAACUUGUAUAGUGCAUGUCUGAAACAAUAAAAAAGUGUGCCUUAA